AUGCGGCUGCUGUUGUUGGCGUCCGCCAUGGCCCACUUGGUCUCAGCAGCCAACUCCACCACCACUUCUUACAUGAUGCAAACCACGUCCAUCUACGCGGACUCGACCUGCAGCGGGCCGGCAGUCAACGUGCUGGUGAUCGAGAACAACAACUGCUCGGCGGUGGCCUGCUCCCCGCGAGCUUUCGGCAACAACACAGACUACUACAAGGCCGCGACGUGCUACUCGGCCGACAGCAACUUCUACGACCCGAUGGAGGAUCUGUUCGAUGGCCACGCGUUCGUGGAGGGCCAAGUCUACAGCAAAGCGAACUGCACCGACGACUCGUUCUUGUAUCGCCUGGGGCUCGUGGUGGGCGGCUGCGAGCCCUUCACCACGCUGGACAACAACAGCGUCAGCGUCACGCUCGGCAGCGACGGAUCGGCAGCCUUGAUCCUCUACGACAACACGGAGUGCACCGACCCGCCUAUUACCAAGUACGCGCUGGGCAACGACACGCUGGCCAACCACCUCUGUUACGAAGGGAUCAGCAACACGGGGCUGGUGCAGUACAUCGCCAAGUACUACAUCCACGAGAACUACGACUCAUCCAGUAGCAGCAGCGGAGGCUCCGAUACAGUCACCAAGGGCACUGCAGACUCGAACAGUUCCAGUCACACUGCUGCGAUAGUCGGCGGUAUCAUCGCUGGAGUUGUCGUCGUCGUGGCAUUAAUCAUUGCCGGGCUUAUCAUCCGUCGCAAGCAGAGGAGUACAAGGCGCUUUGAGACGUUGGCGGUGAUGGGGGAGCCCGACAUGCCGUACCAUCGGCCUAUUAGCAGCAAAUUCGACCACAACUCCAGCAGUCGGACCACGAUGCAGGCGCAGACAUCGGACCGAGCUUGGGACGAUGAUACAAUUGUAGCAGCUCGGAUUCCGCGUGACAAGGUCUUCAUAGGGGCGCUCGUGAAUCGUGGAGCGUUCGGUGAGGUGUACAAGGGCAGCUACAACGGCCAGUCGGUCGCUGUCAAGAUGCUGCUGCCCGACACGAGACGCAGUAUCCCCCACGUGAACGCGUUCAUGGCGGAGGUCAAGAUGGCGGCGGUUAUGGACCAUCCGCACAUCGCCAAGUUCGUCGGAGUAGCUUGGGACUCGCUCACGGACCUCUGCUCGUUGACGGAGUUCAUGGAUGGAGGCGACUUGAAGACUCUACUGGUCCGGUACCAAGAGGAGAACCACCCCGUGGGUUUCGACUACGCUAAGGUCAAGAUCGCGCUGCACGUGGCUCAUGCUCUCACGUACUUGCACUCAUUAGACCCGCCCGUGAUCCACCGCGACCUCAAGUCCAAGAACAUUUUACUGAGCGAAGAACUAGACGCCAAGCUCACGGACUUCGGCAUUUCCCGAGAACGAAUCGACGAGACCAUGACGGCGGGUGUCGGCACGUCCAUGUGGAUGGCUCCAGAGAUCAUGCUGGGCAACCCGUACGACGAGAUGGCCGACAUGUUCUCGUUCGGCGUUAUGCUGUCCGAGCUGUCGACGCACCUGACCCCGUACGCGAACGCCAGACUUUCGGUAGGCUCCAAUCAGCCCAUGCCUCGCACUGUCGUGCUCCAGCACGUGGCUGCUGGGAGACUUAGCGUUGAAUUUGCAGAGGAAGGACCCGAGUCGAUGGCGGAGCUCGGUCGCGCGUGUAUUUCUAUGGACCCGAAGAUCAGACCCACAGCGGCGGGAGCUCUGUACAAACUCCACAAGGUUUUGACACUGGAACUUCGAGAGCAGGGGGAUUAA